AAUCUGUGUUAGUGUCAAAAUUCUGUAGCCACUCUUCAUGAUGAUGGAGAAAAUUUCCAAAUUGAAGAACAAGUUGUUCAAGUUUUUUCUUACACAACCUGUAGUAGCUUCAAUGGCCCUUCAAAAUCCAACAAUGAGUCCCAACAAUAGUGUAUCCAAAAGGGGUUGUAGAUCACACCAUGGAUUCAAGGUUUCAAUAGUUCCAAAGGAAGUUAGAAGAAAGCAUAGGAGUGCAAGCUUUAGGUCAAAUAAUGAACCAUCAUCUCCUAAGGUAUCAUGCAUGGGAGAAGUUAAGUGCAAGAAGAAGAGAAUGGCCCUCAAACAGAAAAGGGUUGAAGAGACUAUUAUAACCAAAAGGAAUGAUGAUGUUCCAUGUGAAGAAAAGAAGGGCAAGGUUCUUCUUUGGAUCUUCAAGGGUCAAAAGCAAAGUGGUGGGAAUAAAGGGUUUGUGUUAGAAGAGAAGGCACAAGAAAAUUCACAGGUAAUAGCAGCACCAUCAUUGGGUGCCAUGAAGAAGUUUAAAAGUGGUAGAGGGUCACUGAGUGAUUUUGAUGUUACAAUUACUAAAAGGUGUUAAUAUAUAUAUAUGUGUGUGUGUGUGUGUGUGUGUGUGUCAACUUUAUUACAAUUAUCCUUGAAGUUAAAUGCUAUCAUGGGUUUUUAUGAUAUUUCUGAUUGCCAGAUGCAAAGUUUAUUGAAAAAGAAAAUGUUGA